AUGGCCAUUCCACCACAACCACCUCUACCUUUCACCACCACUGACUUUCACCACCACCCACGAUUUUCCACUACUGCCACCGUCUUUUACCACCAACACCGCCUUCUUUUGCCUAAACCAUCGCCGCUGUCACCACCUUUCACCAUCGCUACUGCCACCACCGCUACCGCCACCACCUUCCACCAGCACCACCGCCAUCACCUUUCACCACCCCCACCUCCAUUGCCUUCCACCACCGCCACUCCCGCUGCUUUCCACUACUACCACAGUCACCUCCAUUGGCUUCUACUACCGCCACCUACACCAUUAUCUCCUUCCACCACCACCGACACUUUUGCCACCUUGUAG